AUGCAAAUAACCAAUUGUUAUAUAUUGAAUGUUAGAAAAAUUGUCAAUAAAAAGAUCAAAUUUGAAACAACAAUAUCAGUAGCUAAGACUAACAUUCAAGUUGCUAUAAAAGAAGGUGUUAUGUCAGAACUUACUGAAAUUUAUACUUCUCUAAGUAUAUCAAAUCCUGAAUAUUAUAAGCCAAGAGGUCAUCCUUCAAAGCAUCUCAAGUCCUUAGCAGAAAAAAGUAAUGUUCAGCAAAUAUCUUCAUCUUCCAAGACUUGUAGUUAUUGCUUAGAAAAAGGUCACAAUAUUAGAGAGUGCAAGUAA